AACGUCUGAUAACAGGCCUGCGAGCCUGGCUGAGGACACACCCUGUUGCUGACAAGGGCCAGCAGUAGCUGCAUUUGCCGAUACCUGGCUGCGGCUUGUGGUCAAGAAGACAAUGCAGAGGGAUUGUACCAGGACCUUGUUACUGCUUAUCCCCCUGGCUUGGGCUUCCGGCUAGGAGAUGGGUUGGGAACUGUUGGGAUUAUCUAAUUUGUUUAUAACUGUUAAAGUUGCUGCACCAAGGGUACUUGCAACUUUUCUUUCUGGCAGCGCUAACAAAGGAAUCCUCAGUUAAGCAAAGUGUGAGAGUGUCCACCGAGGGCUAGACCCUGAAGAGCCCAUGCCUGGAGCACCUCCAGCAUGUGCACCCAGCGUACUGCCAGACACCUACGAGCUGGUGUAGCACAGCACUCACCACAACAACUUGCCGUGGGGUUGGGUGCAAUAGACUGAACAUCUGUACAACCUGCUGUGAGUGAGGUCUCAUUUUUAUUUUUGCAUCUCCAGGAGUUUAAGGCUGGAACGUGAUUUAUGGGCGGAGCUUGGGAAAGUACCACUGCUUAUUUUUUCCAGUUCGACAUGCCAGGUAAAAGGGACACCGUACUGUUCUCCUCUGCCUGCACCAUCUACCACUGCUGCUUCUACUACUUUCACUCAUCUUUUGAAUCCAGAUUUGAAGAGUCGUUUAGCAGCAUUUGGGACUAAAAUCGCCAGCCAUUCAGUGUCCUAUAGCCCUGUUCUCAGAGUCUGAGAAGGUCUGAGUACGCUCUAAGAUUUGGAUUGUGAAUAAAGAUUCAUUGCGGGAGCAAUGCAAGUUUCCAUAGCUUGUACAGAACAUAACUUGAAGAAUCGAAAUGGUGAAGACAGGCUUAUCAGCAAACAGAACACCACUACCCCAAACGUAGUGAAUGCAGCCCGGGCAAAAUUCCGGACGGUGGCUAUUAUUGCUCGCAGUUUGGGGACAUUUACCCCUCAGCACCAUAUCUCUUUAAAAGAAUCAACUGCAAAGCAGACUGGCAUGAAAUAUAGAAAUCUUGGGAAAUCUGGACUAAGAGUUUCAUGCCUGGGCCUUGGGACAUGGGUCACAUUUGGAGGUCAAAUUUCAGAUGACGUUGCUGAACAGCUAAUGACAAUCGCUUAUGAGAGUGGAGUAAAUCUGUUUGAUACAGCGGAGGUGUACGCAGCUGGAAAGGCUGAGGUGAUUCUGGGAAGCAUAAUCAAAAAGAAGGGCUGGAGGAGGUCCAGUCUGGUCAUAACAACAAAACUCUACUGGGGUGGAAAAGCUGAAACAGAAAGGGGACUUUCAAGAAAACACAUCAUUGAAGGAUUAAAGGCUUCUCUCCAGAGACUGCAGCUCGAGUAUGUGGAUGUUGUCUUUGCAAAUCGACCAGACAAUAAUACCCCCAUGGAAGAAAUUGUCCGAGCAAUGACACAUGUGAUAAACCAGGGGAUGGCAAUGUACUGGGGAACCUCACGCUGGAGUGCUAUGGAGAUCAUGGAAGCCUAUUCUGUAGCAAGACAGUUUAAUAUGAUUCCACCAGUAUGUGAACAGGCUGAAUAUCAUCUUUUCCAGCGAGAGAAAGUGGAGGUUCAACUGCCAGAAUUGUACCACAAAAUAGGGGUUGGAGCAAUGACAUGGUCUCCACUUGCCUGCGGGAUCAUCUCCGGGAAAUAUGGAAAUGGGGUUCCUGAAAGCUCCAGGGCUUCACUGAAGUGCUACCAGUGGCUAAAGGAAAAAAUUGUAAGUGAAGAAGGAAGAAAACAGCAAAUAAAGCUGAAAGACCUUUCCCCAAUUGCAGAUCGUCUUGGAUGCACACUACCUCAGCUAGCAGUUGCAUGGUGCCUGCGAAAUGAAGGUGUGAGUUCUGUUCUUCUAGGAUCUUCCAAUCCAGAGCAACUGAUAGAAAAUCUUGGAGCCAUUCAGGUUCUUCCAAAGAUGACAUCACACGUUGUAAGUGAAAUAGAUAAUAUUCUAGGGAAUAAGCCCAUCAGCAAGAAGGACUACCGAUCAUAAUGCAAUGCAUGGUUACACAGGACUGCAUGGUUAAAAUAGUGCUCUGUAUAUAGUACAGUACUGAAUUAAUAUCCAGUCAUUAGAAUCAUGCAGCAGCUUGCUGCUUAGUCUCUAUUGUUACUGGAUUUUUCAAGGUGUGUGCUGUUGCUACCAAUCUGCAGUAAAAUUCAAAAGCACAGUUGAUCUCUCAUACAACUGAGAAUAUUCUUUGUAUUUUCUUAUCUCUGACUAAAGUCAUUGACUCUUACUUUUCUCUUAGCACCUCAUGCUUAUGCAGUAAAAUACACAUAUCAAGCAAAAAACAAAAUACAAAAACUAUUUAUAUCCUUUAGGUACUUGGUAAUUAAAGAAGGAUGUACAGAUAUAUUUUUUCAAUGAACAAAAACAAAACUUACGGUUUUAGUAAAGACGCAUUCUAAGAAAUUUCAACUAUAAAAGUUCUUCAGCUAGAUCAUCGAAUGAGCGAGUUCAAAAUUUUCAAAUGCAAUUUUUAUAUAGGCUUUAGGCUGUAGCUGAAAAAGGACCUUACAGUAAAAAGUCAGAAAAUUAAUUACCACAUGGUUCAGCUUCUAAAUAGUUCAGUUAAGAAUUUUGCAUAUUGAGUGUGCUCAGCUGUUCAUUAUAUAAUUCACAGUUGCUGUAAAAUAUCAGAAAACCAGAUAUUUGUUUUGGUGAAAAGGUUACAUUUGCUCUGACUGUAUCCUGGAAAUCAGCCAUAAGUAGUAUUUUUGACAAGGUAUUUUUAAACAAUGAGUUUUGUGAAAGUGUUUCAUCCUUAGACAGGAAACACUGGUACAUUUAUCAGUUAAUCUGCCCAUUUUAAGAACAGCUUCAUAUAGUAACCUCACUUUGCUUUGUAAAAUGCAUUUACUAUAACUUCAGUAAGUGUAUUUCACACAUGUAUUGCAUACAUAUGCACUUCCUAAAGAGUACAGUAAUGUAUAGUACAUAUAGGGCCAUUGUAUACCAUAUUUCCUAACUUCAUAACAUAGGAGGGUUGCACACAUUUUCCAGAUGACACAUGAACAGAACAUAGAUACUGAUAUUUUUAAAGUUAAAAUGUUUUUCUUCUAUUUCAUCCAAUGAUGUAUGGUAUGUGUAAAUGAACUUAGGUUCUGUAUAUUAGAACUGCAAUCUAACUUCUGCUUGUACACAAUAAAAGCAUUUUGUGCAUCUAA